UCGAAAUUGUCGUGGAGAUGUAGGAGUCGAGAUAACCCUCUUGUCCUCUGGCAUCGGAAUGGGGUUCUUCUUUCGUUAUUUCUGCUGAAAAAUCGGCAGAACAAAUGACAGAAAAGAAACAUCAGCUUCUCUGCAGAUGGGUUCUCUCCUUUCCAACUGCUCAUCUUGGUUCUUAUUCUUUGUCUUUCUGCAACUCUUGACACUAGUUAAUGGCAGAAACCUCUCUAAAGCGUCCUUCACCCCGAUCAAACGUGAUCUCUACCAUUCUAGUGAUGCUUUGAAAGAGGGAAUUAAAGCCCUGGUGCAUCGUCACCCGGAUAGGCUAACCAUGGAGACAAUUAGGACUGGAAAUGAGGGCUACAAUGCAGAGAUCCUGGUAGUUACUUAUGCCCAUGGCAGGAGGAAGAUCGACGACAGUUCAAACAUUCGUAUCCUUCUUAGUUUCGGUCAGCACGGAAGGGAGCUAAUUACCUCCGAAGUUGCACUGCGGCUCCUGUCCAUUUUAGGUGAGGAGUACCCAAUCCCCAAGAUGGGUCCAACAUCCUUAAACAGUACACUGGAGAGGCUUGUCAUAAAGGUUGUGCCAAUGGAAAAUCUGAAUGGUCGCAAACUUGUUGAAGCUGGAGAUCUCUGUGAGAGGAGAAAUGGAAGGGGAGUAGAUCUCAACCGAAAUUGGAGUGUAGACUGGGGAAAAAAAGAGAAGGACUAUGAUCCAUAUGAGGAAAAUCCAGGAACAGCUCCUUUUAGCGAACCUGAAACUCAAAUAAUGCAGAAACUCUCAGCAUCAUUUGAUCCACAUAUAUGGGUUAAUGUGCACUCUGGAAUGGAAGCUCUAUUCAUGCCAUAUGACCACAAGAACACGACACCAAAUGGUUUGGCAUCACACAUAAUGAAGUCAAUGCUUGAAGAAUUGAACCAUCUUCACUGCCUAGACAGAUGCUUGGUUGGGUCAGGGGGAGGCUCCGUCGGGUACCUAGCACAUGGGACUGCUACAGAUUACAUGUAUGACAUUGUCAAGGCACCAAUGGCUUUCACUUUUGAGAUCUAUGGCGAUGAAGAGGCCUCCUCAAAGGACUGCUUUAGAAUGUUCAAUCCUAUUGAUCUGGCCACAUUCAAUAGAGUUCUAAACGACUGGUGUUCAGUAUUCUUGACAUUAUUUGAGACUGGACCCCGCCGGCUGGAUGAAAUCCAUUCAAAGGUUUCUCUCCCUGAUUUGGAGAAGCUGAUAUCUAUAGAUGAGUACUUAGAUGGAUACUUGAUGGGGAGGAAGAGUAGGUAUGGAAAACAGACAGAGGUGCUUGAUUUUGGGAUGCAGGAGAUAAGAACAUAUUUUAGGCUCUUUCUUUUAUCAUCAGUGCUUUUAAUGUUCAUGUUCUGUUCUAGAAUUUCAAAGAGCAAAGGUAGCAGCAGACCAAUGGUAUCAGCCUUACCUGUCUGAAUCUGUUUUCUGCUGAUUCAACAAAGAAAAGAGAGGUGAAAGGAAAAAACAAAAGAUGUAAGGUAUUAAUUUAUGGUCAUCAUUCUUAGGGGAGGAUUUUUGUGUGUAGAAAAUGAUUUUGUAACUUACACGACUAUACAAAAUUUCAGUGUAAAAGCAAUUAUUUACCACAAUGAAAAAUAUCCUGAUAUUUUUUGGGUUUAAAA